GCGCGGGUCGCUGCCGCAGCUCCUCGGCGGCCCGCACUUAACAGCGUGCGCCCCGGUGCAACCCUGGCUUUCCCUCCGCUGGACACCCGUGCCCCCUUCAUCGUCCGCAACCAGAAGCCCAGUGCAGCCCCCGGAGCACCCUCUGCCCCGCCGCCGCUCCCCGGACCGCGACCCAGACCGCCCCGAGAUGACCGCGACCGGAGCCCUCCUGCGCGUCCUCUUGCUCCUGCUGGCUUUCGGCCACAGAACCUAUGGGGCUGAAUGCAACCCAGCCUGCGACCCCAAAAAUGGAUUCUGCGAGGAUGACAAUGUUUGCAGGUGCCAGCCCGGCUGGGAGGGCCCUCUAUGUGACCAGUGUGUAACCUCCCCUGGCUGCGUCAAUGGACUGUGUGAGGAACCAUGGCAGUGCAUCUGCAAGGAUGGCUGGGAUGGGAAAUUCUGCAACAUAGAUACACGGGCUUGCACCUCAACCCCCUGUGCCAACAAUGGAACCUGCGUGGAUCUCGAGAAGGGCGGGUACGAGUGCUCCUGCGCCCCCGGGUUCUCUGGAAAAGACUGCCAGAACAAAGCUGGGCCCUGCGUGAUCAAUGGUUCCCCCUGCCAGCACGGAGGUGCCUGCGUGGAUGAUGAGGGCCAGGCCUCGCAUGCUUCCUGCCUGUGCCCCCCUGGUUUCUCUGGCAACUUCUGCGAGAUCAUUGCCAACAGCUGCACCCCUAACCCAUGUGAGAAUGAUGGCGUCUGCACCGAUAUCGGGGGCGACUUCCGUUGCCGCUGCCCAGCCGGAUUCGUCGACAAGACCUGCAGCCGCCCGGUGAGCAUCUGCGCCAGUGGCCCGUGCCUGAACGGGGGCACCUGCCUCCAGCACACCCAGGUGAGCUACGAGUGUCUGUGCAAGCCCCCGUUCAUGGGUCCCACGUGCGCGAAGAAGCGCGGGGCUAGCCCCGUGCAGGUCACCCACCUGCCCAGCGGCUACGGGCUCACCUACCGCCUGACCCCCGGGGUGCACGAGCUGCCAGUUCAGCAGCCCGAGCACCGCAUCCUGAAGGUGUCCAUGAAGGAGCUCAACAAGAGUACCCCUCUCCUCACCGAGGGACAGGCCAUCUGCUUCACCAUCCUGGGUGUGCUCACCAGCCUGGUGGUGCUGGGCACCGUGGCCAUCGUCUUCCUCAACAAGUGCGAGACCUGGGUGUCCAACCUGCGCUACAAUCACAUGCUGCGCAAGAAGAAGAACCUGCUGCUGCAGUACAACAGCGGCGAGGAGCUGGCGGUCAACAUCAUCUUCCCCGAGAAGAUCGACAUGACCACCUUCAACAAGGAGGCUGGCGACGAGGAGAUCUAAGCAGCAUCCCCCCAGGCCCCUCCCUAUUAUGGGGGUUCCGCAGAGCUCACUAUAUGCGGUCUGUGCUUCUCUUUCUGGUGCAGUUUGCUCUCUUUUGUGUGGAAUCUAGUGAACGCUACGCUUACGUGUAUUGUCUUUGCAUCGCUGUGUGACAUGCUGCCAUGCUACAUAAGAACCCCCUUUUCUCCCUCUUAAUGCAUGAUAAUGAAUAAUAAUAAUAUCUCUAAAUGA